UCACUUCGGGACCAACAUGACAAGGAACUUUGCAAAAACGCUCGAGGAGGAUAACAAGAGUAGAAAAAGGAUUCUCAAACCGGCUGUGGAAAAGAAGAGAAGAGAUCGGAUAAACAAAAGCCUUGCAGAGCUCAGAAGCUUGUUGUUGACUAAUACUGCGGAUCCGCGUUUGCAGAAUCCCAAAAUUGAGAAAGCAGAAAUUUUGGACUUGACUGUGGAAUAUCUUCACAAGUGGACAGAUGGCAAGAAAAUGAGCAAUGAUGCUCCCAGUGGUGUGGUAAGUUUCGACCCGAGUGGCCCCCCUUGCUUUACCGUUGAGGGUGCAGGUUUUCGGCAGUGUAUGUGGCAAAUGGCCAGCUAUAUGCAUAAGAUGCCGGCGUUGCAGCGAGCCGGCUUAAUGGAAGGGCUGAAGCACCAUGCGGAGAAGCAUCGGGCCGAACAGCAGCCUUCGUUCAACUCCCGCACGACACUGACGGAUGCGGCGUCAGCGGAGGUCAUUAGCACAUCUGAGAUUCAAGAUUCCCACAACGCUCUGCUCCUCUCGCAUUCCCCGCCUCAGCCUCAUGGUUGCUCCACUCCGCUCCAUUCUCCUCCCACCUCCCCCUGGUUCUCCACAUUUUCUUCCUCCUCUCCUCCUUUCCCCUCGUUCGCCUGUCACUUCUCCUUUUCUCCCAGCCUGUCACCUCUGUCGGCCAACACCUCUUUUUCCUCCCUGCCGCACUCCCUUCACGCUCUGCCCGCCCACGUGACUUCCUCCUCCUCCUCGCCCACGUUGGCUCAGCAGGCAGGCCCGACGGUCUUCCACUACCCCUCGGUUACCUCGUCGAGGUCCCCUCCGCUCCCCACUCAGUCACAGAAGUCAUCCGCACUCACGUGGAGACCCUGGUUCUGAAGUGUGGCGCCCUCUAGUGAUGAGUGACUGGAACCCCAGUAUGCCUGCAAAUGGACAGUGUAAAUACACGAUGAAAUGACUACUAUUUUGGAAUUCCCUUGUAAAUAAAUCUUAUUGUUUUUGUUCUUUC